CGGCGUGGCGGAUCCGACGGCGAAGCAGGGCCUAGAAUCCGGAUGGACGCAGGGUGCGGCACCUUAGGCGGCGACGCUGCGAGCCGGGUCUCUCCGGCAGCAGCACAGCGAUGUUCGGUCCCUCCAACGGCCGCACGGUUGCGUAGGGUUCCUCCGGCAGCGGUGUGGGUCCUAGAACCCUGAUGGGCGCGGUCGUCCACGGCCCGAACAUUAGCACAAAGAACAUAAUAGACUACUAAUUUCAUAAUGAAAAGGGAGACAGUGCCUUCAUGGCUAGAACUGUUGCUUGCGGCACAAUUCUUUACGACUUGUGCAAACCAUCUUCUUGUUAGUCGCAAUGAGUGUAACCUAUUUUGCACUCAGUGCGAGGCUACACCAACUGCUUUAUGCAACCAUUGCCGUUCAAGUGAUCAUUCCACUCAUCAUGUAAUCCAGAUAAGGCGAUCAUCCUACCAUGACGUUGUGAGGGUUUCAGAGAUUGAGGACAUCCUUGAUAUUAGCGAUGUGCAAACAUAUGUAAUCAAUAGUGCAAGGGUCGUAUUCUUGAAUGAGCGCCCACAACUGCGUGCUUCUGGUGUCCCUAUUUGUAAAGCACCUUCAUCAUCAACACAUAGCUGCGAGACAUGCAAUCGUGCUCUACUUGGUGCUUUUCGCUUCUGUUCUCUUGGAUGCAAUCUUAGAGGCAUAAAUAUGGAAAGGAGUACGCCAGCCAUGGUUGAAAACAACCCUCAAUCUGAUAUUAAGAAUCAUUUGACUAUUGACAGUGUUGGUUCAAGUACUACAAGUGACAAAGACAGCUGCAAUGACAAUAACAACGAAGAACCACCACCGAAAAGGGUUGCUCGUCACCGACGCAAGGGAAUUCCCCAACGUGCACCGUUCUUCUAAUGUGAAGCUCAUGACAAUAUCCAUUGAAUGUUGGCCCUAAUAAGAUGAGAGGAUAUUUGUAAUGAGUAAAAUAAUGAAUGAAUGAAUGAAUGAAUGAAUGAAUGAAUGAAUGAAUGAAUGAAUGAAUGAAUGAA